AGAGGCCUUGAAUUGCCUUUUGUAGAAGGUCGUACCGACAGUUACUUUAGUUACACCUAAUCUAUGUGGCAGUGCGAAAUGUGUUGGUGAUGCUUGUACCAAAUCUUAAGCAGAGGAUGACGAUGGGCAGCUAGCAGAGGCGUGGAGUUGCAGGGAGAGAGCAGUUAGAAGGAGGAGCAGGAGCAGGAGCAGGAGCAAUGAAUGAUUCGCAACCACUCCGGCGACGGCGACGGCGAGGCAAAACAGUGCAUGCCGUGCGUCGAACAACUCCUGAUCUGUUGCUCCUGCUCUCCAUCACCUUGUGGUAGCACUAGCACUAGCAGUAUAUAUAUUUGGUUGCUCUUGCAAUCUCAUGGCGUGCAUUGCAAUAAGCAGCAGUGAAUUGAGACAGACACCCGUUCGUGUUCCCAAGCAUGACAAGCGAGUCCGCCACCGUGAUCCAGAUGGACGACGGCAGGGCCCCGGCACCAGCAGCAGCAGGAGCAGCCGCCGCCGCCGCCGCGUCGUCGUCCUACGCCACUGCUCCAACAAGUAUCAGUGCUGCUGAACCAGCGGCGGCGCCGCGCAAGACGACCACCGUCCCGUUCCUGCUGCGCUCGGGCGCCGAGGGGUUCCGGCGCUGUCUGGCCGUGAUCGACUUCCUUCUAAGGGUAGCCGCCUUCGGGCCCACGCUGGCGGCCGCCAUCUCCACGGGCACCGCCGACGAGAGGCUGUCCGUGUUCACCAACUUCUUCCAGUUCCAUGCGAGGUUCGACGACUUCCCGGCCUUCACCUUCUUCCUGGUGGCCAACGCCGUCGCCGCGGGGUACCUGGUGCUGUCGCUGCCCUUCUCCGUCGUGGUCAUCCUCCGGCCCAACAAGGCCACGGGCGGCGUCAGGCUGCUCCUGCUCCUCUGCGACGUGCUGAUCAUGGCGCUGCUCACGGCGGCCGGCGCCGCCGCCGCGGCCAUCGUGUACGUGGCGCACUCGGGCAACCGGCGCGCCAACUGGGUUCCCAUCUGCAUGCAGUUCCAUGGAUUCUGCCAGCGCACCAGCGGCUCCGUCGUCGCCACCUUCCUCGCCGUGCUCGUCUUCAUCGUGCUCAUCCUCAUGGCCGCCUGCGUCAUCAGACGCAGCAAGUGAAGUCCAGCUAGGAUUAGGAACCGGUCGUAUGCUUAGCUUUUGGUCCAUUGCAUGCAUCCAUGGCCAUUCCUCCGAUCCUUUGCUUGCCCUUCCUUAAUUUCCAUCUCCAUCAGUCAUCAGUGUUCUCGCUCGUUUGCUGUGUCGUUUCAUCAAUUAUGUACGUAAUCAUCAAUGUAAUGUAACUACUACAAAUUAAAUUAAUCAGCUGUCGUUUUACUGCA